AUGAAAAUGGCUAAGAAGAAAUCAUCACUUGUUACAACCGACUCAUCUGCUAAUCAAGGUUAUACUGAUAAAAAAUUUGAUAAAGAACCUUCCGACUUUUGUAAUAUUUGUCUUCUCAUAUUUCUCUACAUUUUGCAGGGUAUUCCUCUUGGACUGUCGUCUGCAGUCCCUUACUUACUACAAUCAGAUCCAAAAUCGGUUAAUUACCAAUCACAAGCAGCUUUCUCGUUUGCAUUUUGGCCAUUUUCGCUUAAAUUAGCUUGGGCUCCAAUAGUGGACUCGUUGUACAGUUCACGUAUAGGAAGACGAAAGACUUGGCUUAUUCCCGUUCAAUAUGCUCUUGGAAUUAACCUGCUUAUUAUCGCGCUCUAUGUUAACCAGUGGUUGGGGCGUACACCUGAUAACCCAUGGGGCCCAUUAGGUGUGGUGCAUCCUGUGAAUAUUUCACGUUUGACCGUAGCUUUCUUUGGACUUACUUUUCUUGCAGCUACACAAGAUAUUGUGGUGGAUGGAUGGGCACUUACAAUGUUGUCUAGAAAGAACUUAGGAUGGGCUUCCACAUGUAAUACAGUUGGUCAAACAUUAGGUCAUUUAAUUGGGUUUGUCGUCCUCAUGUGUUUAGAAUCACCGGAUAUUUCUAAUAAGUAUAUACGAUUGACUCCUGUUGAAGGUGAAGGGCUGAUUACUUUUUCAGGUUUUCUCUAUUUUUGGGGCAUUGUAUUCCUGGUGGCAACUACACUUGUUGGAGUUUUCAAGAAGGAGUUACCUCAUAAUCUGUCCGUUAUAUCAUCUGCUCAUUCUAAUCAUCUUGAUGAUCAUUCGAAUGGUUCGGUAAUUUAUUUAAAUCCAACAGGAAACGUCGAAAGACAGUUAUCAUCCUCUAGAAAUCGUAUCUCACGAACAAAUACAAUUGAUAAACAAAUUAGUUGUGAAUCCACUCGAAGUCGUUCACGUACUCCCAGUCAUACAUCAAAUGUUUGGAGUCGUAUUAUUGAAAUUUCUCCUGAUGAAGAACUGAAUGUAACUGAGCCAAAUAAAGAAUUGUCAUUAUUUGAAACCUAUCGUUUUAUGUUAGGCAUUUGUAAAUUGAAGCCUAUUUUACAAUACGCAAUGUUAUUAUUCAUUGCCAAGGUUUGCUUCUGUCCUGCGGAUGCAAUAUCUGGACUAAAACUAAUCGAGCAAGGUCUACCAAGAGAGAAACUUGUUUUCAUUGGGGUUCUACUAUUACCGCUUGAAGUGAUUCUACCACUACUCAUUACUCAAGUGACAAAUGGACCGAGAUUAUUGAAAUAUUACACAUGGGCGUUUUUACCUCGUUUACUUCUAGCAACAUUAUCUGUUCCGUUGAUUUAUUUUGCACCGUACUUUAAAAUUUCAAAUCAAAUUCAUUCAAUCAUUCGUAAUAAUCAUACAUUAGGAGAGUCAGCUCCCAUCCUUGAAUCAACUACAACUCAUGCAUCAUUCUCAUGGCUUUUCUAUGGUAUCAUGAUUUGUCAUUUGGCUAUUUAUACAGUAUUCUCUACUGUGAUGUUUAUUACUCAAGUAUCAUUUCAUGCAAAAAUAAGUGAUCCAGCUGUGGGUGGAACUUACAUGACGUUGUUAAAUACUGCAGCUAAUUUAGCUACAAGUUUGCCGAAUACUUUAUUUUUAUCACUCGUCGAACCACUUACUCUACGAGUAUGCUCUGGAGCUGAUAUACUAAAAGCUGGGUUAUUAUCUUUACGAACUGAUUCUAUUCAAUCUGUUAAUAAAAUGAAUAUAACUCAUCCUAUACAAUAUUCAAAAGAUGAGAUUUAUAGAAAUGGACAGUUAUGGUUGGCUAGUAAUGCUACCUGUGAGAAUUCUAAAACUAUUCAGGCUUGUCUUGAUAUCAGUGGGACAUGUUCAACAUUACUAGACGGUUUCUAUGUUGAAGUUGGAUUAUGUUUACUUUUUGGACUGAUUACAUUCCCAACAAUAAUACUUCCUUAUGCUAAUCAUCUUGACACUCAACCAAAUGAAGCGUUUACUUAUCGUAUUUCAUCAUCGUCGCUAGCCAGGCAUCAAAGUAGACGUGAUAAAAAUGAAACAAAGAAAACUAGAAAGGAUUGA